UUUACUUCCAUUUCAGGGAAAAGUCACAAUGCUGUGACCUCGCUCAGCUGACCAGACACGCUGCUGGAAUAACUGCAGCCCAGUCUGCUUCAUGUUUGUCAUUCUUCAUACUCCACUGCUUGCUGACAGUCCCCACCCACCACAUGCUUGUUUUACUGUUUACGCACGUGGGAAGAGAGAAUGAUUUUUCUGUUUAAAUCUGCAAAAGCACAACCCGUGUAUCCAACAAUACUAGCACUGCACAGGUUUCAAUAAGAGAGUCCUAGCAGACUACAGGAGUAUGUAACUGGCAGGCCGAGACAAAGCUUGUGGUGAAACAAAGGAUUACCAAUGAAAUGUGCAGAACAACCUGCAUUCACCUCAUUUCUACUUUACUGCCUACUUAAAAUCAGCUCCCACUCCUGGAAGGAAAAGUGUGCAAGGCUGUCUGGAGACACAUAACAAGAAGCGCAUGCACCUCACCCCAGCCAACAUUCACAGGUUAUGAAAACACAAGGCAAGCAGAAAGAGCCGGCAGCAGACUGAGAGAGAAAGGUGAACUAAAGAUCUCACAGGACUUUCUAUUUGCACAACUCUCGUAUCAACACAGUCCACUGGAGCCUCAGCCGAGGAGCUAUCCAUCUGCUGUAAGCUGAUCAGAGGGAGAAGAGUGGGGAGAGUGAAGGUGAGAGGAUACAAACAUGGCCUCAGCCGGGAUGCAGAUCUUUGCUUUCAUCCUGGCGCUGCUUGGCCUCUUCGGAGCCAUGGUCUCCACCCUGCUUCCCAACUGGAAGGUGAGUGCUGACCUGGGCUCGAACAUCAUCACUGCCAUCUCCCAGAUGCAGGGGCUGUGGAUGGACUGCACCUGGUACAGCACGGGGAUGUUCAGCUGCACACUCAAAUACUCAGUGCUCUCCCUGCCUGCCUACCUGCAGACUGCCCGUACCAGCAUGGUGCUGUCCUGCGUGCUGGCUGCCCUGGGGCUUUGCCUCGCGUCCCUGGGGUUAAAAUGCACGCGCUGGGGGGGAGGGGUGCAGGCCAAAAGACACUCAGCCAUUGCCGGGGGGGUCUUUCUUAUCGUGGCCGGAUUCCUUUGCCUCGUCCCAGCCUCUUGGUUCACCAACGAGGUCAUCGCCAGCUUUUUGGACUCAUCCGUGCCGGAGAGUAACAAGUACGAGCCGGGGGGAGCCGUGUAUGUCGCGUUUGUGUCAGCAGGAUUCCUGUUUGUUGGGGGGGCCAUCUUCUGCACGUCUUGUACUGGGAAGCAGCGGGGACCACAGAACUGUCCUCCUAACAACAAGCAGCAGUGCUGUUCAGCCUCACAGCCUACAGACAAUAAGGCAGAAUACAGCCUGCAGGACUAUGUGUAAUUCCAGGCAACAGACAGCUGGUAUAACAAACGCUGCUUGCUCUGCGUUAAAAGAAAGAAAAAGAUGUGGGAGGGAGGCAGUCACUUGCACUUCUCAAUGUUGAAUUCACACGCAUUUUAGGUAUUCUAAAAGCAACGGAUUGUAAAAAAUCAGAAGAGACUCUAUUCUUUUAGUAACUGGCAAGUGCUUUACCACAAAUGAACGCUGUAUUUUUAUGGCACUGCAACUGCUGUUUAUUAUUCCAUCAACCCUGAUUAUAUAAAACUCUGAACUCCUUGUGUCAAACAAAUUUCAAAAUUCUGAUGCAGUUUGUGAAACAAGGACCUCAUCUGGCUUCUCACAGCCUUGAAAUUGAAAGCAUCCCACCGAAAAACCAAACAGCACAAUAGGAUGUGUAAUCCUGUUUCUUAUCAUUACUCCAAACGCAAACAAGCCCCCCCUGACGCUGUGCACUGCUCAUGUAUUCGACACACAGCCGCCUGUGCUUUUCACUGCCAUGGUUACAGGACUCUUCAGGACCGCUGACCCCUGUAUCGCUGUCGGAGGACUGCUGUCAGCCUCUCCACUGCUCCCAUUAAUAGACAACAUCUGCCACUUUUACAGAAAUGUCUGAAGAAAUCAACAUCUGAAUGCAAACCCUUUGACAAAGAGCACAUGCUACACCUGGGCCUCCUGUUCUGUCAAGCCCUUUUAAAUCAAGACCAUUGCAGGCAUGUGGACAAAGUCAAUGUUUUUCUUAAUGCUUAAACCUUCUGAUAAUACUGGUCUCUGCUCAGUUGUCUUUCUUUAUUCAAUAAUAAAUGUUUUACUUUUAUGGAUAGUAACCGUUCAAAACCUUUAAGAUGAUAUAAUAAUUAAGGUUGGGAUUUUGUCACGGAAACUUGUACUGAAAACCCCGGUGAAGUCACGAUUCGAAAUCACAGAGUAAGGGGGAAAUGGUGUGUCAAGUCACGGGGAUGAAAAUUCAACUAGGUUUCUUUUGUUUGUUUUCUUGUUUUGUUUUUUUUUUA